AGUAGAUAUAACCUUAUUAUAAAAAGAAAAAUCCAGGACGUGUGUAGAUAUGGCUGCCGAGGGAUGUGUUUUUGAUGCUCGCCAAGUCUCUGAGGAUUUUGUAGAAAGGUACUAUCGUAUUGUUGGGACGAUGACUCAUGCAGCUCAUGAGCUUUAUGCCGAUGCUAGCCUUGUCACCAGACCAGGACCUGAUGGUACUAUGAUGUCCUUUUCAUCCCUCGAGGCUAUCAAGAAGCACUACCUUUCCUCUUACUAUGAUGGUACUACAUUCGAUGUGGUCAGUGUCGAUUCUCAGAGUUCGUUGGGAGAUGAGGUAUUCAUCAUGGUUGUUGGUUUCUUGACUGGUAAAGAUAACCUCAAGAGGAAGUUUUCCCAAGCGUUUUAUCUUGCGCGUCCGAACGGUGUCUAUGUUGUCGUCAAUGACAUUCUUCGUUUUGUGGAUGAGGAGUCCUCUACUACUACAAGGACUCUUCCAGCUGCUGCUAUAUCUGAAGUUGCAAAGCCAGUUGAAGCGGUAAAAAAGACCAAGCAGGUCCACAAAGCCACCAAGAAGUCUGUUAAUGCUGCUGAGGUUAAGAAGGUGGUUGCUCCUGUUACUGCUCAGAAACCUAAAGAGCCAGUUCCUGAAACAUCAGCUGCUACUCCUUCUCUUGAUGGAGCCAAGAAAUCGUUUGCUUCAAUGGUUCUAUCAAUGUCGAGAAACGCUGCUCCUCUCCAAGUUAAAGCAGCCCCGGUUCAGAAACGUAGUUCCGUGGCACAACCCAAACCCCAUGUAGCUCCAGCACCUGAAAAGAAAAAAGACCAAAAGGUGGUUGAAGAACCAGGCACUUCGAUAUUUGUGUCGAAUCUGCCAAUGGAUGCAAGGUGGCCUCAAGUCUAUGAACUGUUUAAAGGUUUUGGUCCUAUCAAAGAAUAUGGAGUCCAACUCAAAAGCUCCAAGGUAAUGGCUACUGGAGGAUGCUUUGGCUUUGUUGCCUUUGAAUCUGUUGCAUCUGUCCAGAGUGUGCUUAAGGCUGCCAAGAGCAAUCAGUUCAAGCUUGGGGAGCAUAAGCUUUUUGUAAAGGAAAAACAAGUUGUUGUGUAUGAUGGAAGCAAGCCGUCUGGUGUGAUAAGCGGGGGUGGAAGCAAGAGUCAGAGUGGCUCUGUAGAUGGAAGCAAGACCCAAGGUGGCUCUGUAGAUGGAAGCAAGACCGAGAAGGGCUCUGCAGAUGGAAGCAAGACUGAGAAUGAAUCUGUAGGAGGCCAAGAAGAUGAUGACUUCAAGCUGGUCGUAAGCCGUAGGAGCAGAAAGAAGAGACAAGAUUAG